AUGGCUAACCCCGACGCGCCCAAACGCGUCGUGAACAAGGGUCGUCUGCAGACACUUCCGGACCUCGCGGUGGAGAUCUAUAACUACCUAGAUUUAGAGGAUAUAUUCAAUCUCUCCCGGACAUCCAAGAGGUUCCGUGCUUUUUUCGCGGACAAGAACGACGAGCAGAAGCUGUGGGUGCCCGCGCGGGAGAAUACGCCUGGGCUCCCGGACCGGCCGCCUUGGAUGGGCGAGCGCAAGUUCGCUUACCUGCUCUACUCGCCGCAUUGCCACAAUUGCGGGGCUCCCAAUAUCCGUAAGAUCGUAUAUGGCUGGUUCGUUCGUCUGUGUUCCGCGUGCCUGCAGAAAAGGACGAUAUGGUAUGGCUAUGCAGCAAUGGAUACACAAGAUAUCGAAGAUGGCUCGAUCUUACGCAAUAUGUUCUACCACAACACAAUCACCUCCCAUUUCCACGUUGAGGGGUACUCUCACCUUACGCGCGACCCGAAGUUCAACCGUCUAUUCGUAGACGACGUGAACCGCGUCUUUGAGCAGUUCGAGGCGCUCCCGGAUUCUGCGGAUAAGAAGACCUUCCCCGACCAAGUCAAGGCAGAGCACAGGGCUCGUCUUCCGUACGCCAACGCCAUCCACCAGUGGAUGCAUCAGAAAAAAGAGCAGAGGCUAGAUCAUCUUGAUGAUGUUAGGCAGCAGCGUUUCGACGCCAUCCUGGUCAAAUUACGAGACGCCGGGUGGGGUAAGGACCUUGACUUCAUGGGCGAACAGGGCCUCGAUGCCAUGUAUAAGAUGCCCGUCGUUCGGCAGUCCUCCAAGCUGACUGAAGGAGGGUGGCAGAAGGUGCUAAUCGUACUCGACGACCUCCUGAAGAGCACGAGAGAGAAACGUCUCAACAGCGAAUACCGGCAGACUAUAUGGGUGCGGUUCAAGACUCUCGAGCGAGCAAUCCAAGCGCAAUACGUGACCCUCCCACGUAACGUGCGCAUGGAUUGCCGUCCACGGUACAUCGAUCUGGCUUUGACACCUGAAUGCCGGGCAAUCAUCGACGUUCCCAUGUCCGAAGCAGUCACCGUCGACGAUCUCGCGGCCGUCGUGCCGGCACUGGUGCAAACAUGGGAAGCAGAGACCCGGAAGGCGCUCACCGAACACCUCCUGCCGCACCUCGGGGACAUCGCCGCCGACGUGGACCCGCUCGAGCUCGCUGUCUCGUUCUUCUACAGCAACAACGGGUCGUGCACUGGGCCCAUCAGCAUCAUGCGAUAUCCUGCGAUUCUCAAGCACCACUGUAACAGGACCGAAGACUGCUACCGUUCCGGCUGGUAUACAAAGGAAGAGUUCCUCAAGGAAGACUUGUAUACCCGCACGACGAAAACCCUCGGAACCUACGUAGUAGAUUCCGAGUCUGAAAUACUCGCGCAUCGAGAGAACGUGCGCACUCGCGUUCCGUUCCAUCUGGGAGGAUGGGGGCCCCGUGGUGUCGUAGCGAGGAUGCAACGCCUCGUUUCUGCGAUGGGACUGGAUCCGACACGGGCGACGUUCGAGGAGCUUGAGCGAUGCGAUAUGUGGCUGCGGUGCACCACUUGCGAGACGGAGAACCCGAACAACGCGAUCUUUGCCCACUCAUGGAACAGCGCCUAUCAGCACGAUCUGCAUCAUACCGAGGGUAUGCACUGGUACACAUACCGCAGAGGGAUACCCGCGUGGCGACACGCAGACGAGGAAGACAUGAGCAAGAUACAAGCUGCCAAGGAGGCAAACCUUUCAAAGACGGGGGGCUUUUAUCGGUGUUCGUGCGCGCUCUGCCCCGACUUCGACGCGAGUGCGGACGCCAUGGUGACACACCUCGCGACGACGCAUGACAUCUCGGAUUUCUGCCAGGCAAGGCGGGAUGGGGUCGUGUACCUCCAUCCGCAUACGGACAGGGCUAUGGCGUUUGCAGACGCGAUCUGCAUUCGUGGACGUAUCGAACCGAAGGCAAACUGA